AGCACAUACGGGCUGUCUUGCUGCUUGAUCUCCCCCCAUCACAAUACAUCAACGAUGACUGGAACCCCUAGCAAUCCCAUCGAAAUACGCAGCCCGGCAAUAUGCAGCAUCGAAGAGAAAAAUGAGGCAGAAAUUCGGGAGCACCCGGAUACAGUGAGCAACGAUGCGCAGAUCGGAGUGCAAAAGGCAGAAGCCACGGCGCUUGUCUGGUCCACCAAAGCCUUGUAUGCCAUAUACGCCUGGAUAUGGAUCUGCUUCUUUGUUCUCGCCCUGCAAUCAUCCAUCAGCAGUAAUAUGAUCUACUACGCCUAUGCAGGUUUCUCAUCAGCGCCUCAGAUCUCCCAAGCGUUCAUACUCUCCACCAUCAUCGGCGGAGUCCUCCAAUUGCCCAUCGCAAAGGUCCUCAAUCUCUGGGGCCGUGCCGAGGGCUUCUUAACCUUUCUCGCUGUUCUUAUCCUGGGCAUCGUCGUGAUCGCCUCAUGCAAUGGCCCCAAAGGGUUCGCAGCCGGGUAUACCCUCUACUGGAUCGGAUACAGCAAUGUCAACUUCAUCUUGAGUGUUUUUGUCGCCGAUGCAUCAGGGCUGCGCAAUCGCGCCUUCGCCUACGCAUUCGUGGGCACACCGACCAUCUGUACGGUAUUCGUCGGCCCACGAGCUGCCCAAGCAUUCUAUAUCCAUUCCACCUGGCGAUGGGCCUACGCCUGCUUUGCCAUAAUUAUCUUCUUCAUCUUCGUACCUCUAGCCCUCGUCUUCAAAUUCUACCAACGCAAGGCCGAGAAAAUGGGCAUAUUCAUCCGUAACUCUAGCACCCGUCCUCCCCUCCAAUCACUCAUCUUCUACUUCCACGAAUUCGACCUCAUCGGUGUCUUCCUCCUCAUGGCCGCCUUCGUCCUCGUCCUCCUCCCCUUCAGCCUAACGACCUACGGCUACAGCGGCUACUCCUCCCCGACCUUCAUCGGCAUGAUCAUCCCCGGUAUCCUCCUCUUCCCCAUCUUCGCCACCUGGGAACGCUUCUUCGCUCCCACCCCAUUCAUCAAAUGGCCCUUAUUCAAGAACCGCACCGUGCUCGGCGCCUGCAUCCUCUCCUCCAUCAUCUUCUUCAACUACAACACCUGGGACCAAUACUACUACUACUACAUCCAAGUGGUCUACAACCUCGACACCGCCAAAACAGGAUACAUGACGCAAAUCUACAACGUCGGGUCCACCAUCUGGGCAGUCCUCUUCGGGAUCUGGAUCCGCCAAACCAAACACUUCAAAAACACCUGCUUACUAUUCGGCGCACCUCUAAUGCUUCUUGGCGCAGCCCUCAUGAUCCACUUCCGCGGCAGCGAGAGUCAAAUCGGAUACCUGGUCAUGUGUCAGAUUUUCAUUGCUUUCGGCGGCGGGACGCUCGUCAUCGGGGAUGAAAUGGCGGUCAUGGCUGCCGCGGACAGAGAUAGUAUCCCUAUGAUGAUUGCGAUGAUUAGUUUGUUUGGGAGUGCGGGUGGCGCGAUUGGGUAUGCGGUUGCGGUGGCGAUUUACUCGAAUACGUUCCCACAGGCGCUGCAGCGUACGUUGCCGAGUGACAUGAAGCAGGAGUAUUCGAGGAUUUAUCUGGGUGGGGCGACGGCGCAGUUGGUGUAUCCCCCCGGGUCGGAGACGAGAAGGGCGAUUGAGUAUGCUUGGGGGGUUAGUCAGAAGUAUGAGUGUAUUACGGCUGCGGCGGUGGUGGGCCUGGCGUUUCCGGCUAUUGCGGUGUGGAGGAAUUAUAGUGUUGAUAGGAGGCAGGUUAAGGGGAGGGUUAUUUAG